CUAAUAUUUCAUAUUUGAAAGAAAUUAAUAGAUAUUGGAAAAUAUGCAGUAUUCAGAGAAAAAAAAAAUGAUAAAUGCAUUGAAUAUAGUCUAAAAUAAAUAAUUAAUGAUAAUAAAUAUAUGGAAUGUAACGUCAUAGAUGUCUGAACAUAACCUCCGCAAUGAUGUCCGAAGUUGAUGUUUUUGUUAGUAAUUAUACUCUCGUUGAUCCUGAAAUUUAUCAACUAUGGGUUGAUGGGCACUCUUGUAAGUCUUUUAUUUAUUAUAUUUGUAUUAUACGUACCGAUGUUUUCAAAUACUUUACCAAUAUUUCUUUAACAGCCAGUGAUGCAGUUAAUAUUUUACAACAGCGUGGAAUUUGUAUGCAAACUAAUGCUCCUCUAGAUUUAGUUGCUUCCGAUGUUCUUGAUCAUUAUCGUACAUAUGCUUUGUUGGAAAAAUUACUUCAUACUCCUACAAAACUUGCUACCGAACAACUGGCAUUUCAAAUAGAACCUCAAACUAGUCAAAUGCUUAUUGAAAUGUACUAUGAAUUUGAUGAUAUUGUUGUUCGAGAACUACUAGGAAAAAAGUUAACAUCAAAAAGUAGAAAAGACAUGGAUGAAGUAUCUGAAAAGACUGGAGUUACUUUAAAAAGCUGUCGUAGACAGUAUGAUAAUGUCAAAAGAGUUUUCAAAGUCGUUGAAGAUUUACCUGGCUCUCUAGUUACUAAUAUCAGACAACAUUUUCUACUUUCUGAAGAUCUUGCUAAGUACAUAGAGAUUAAUUUUAUUUUUAACAAUAUUAUUUUUAACAGGAUUUUAUAUGUAUAUAAUUUUAUAUAUAUAUAUAUAUAUUUAAAAAUGUACAGACGUUAUGCAGCAGUAGUAUUCAUAGCUUGUCUCAGAUUUGAAAUGAGCAAAAGGAAAUUGCAAUUUUUAACGUUUCCUGAUUUGUAUCAUUGUGCAAAUAGUAUGAUGGUAGCAUGGACUUAUCGAUGUGUUGGAUCAGAAUAUUUUGAUACAGAUCUUGACAGAGAAUUCUUGGUAGAACUUGCAGAAUGUAGAGUACUAUUAGAAAAUGAUAAACAUCACAAACACUUGGUGUGUAUCAAACUUAAACCCAUGUUACUCGAACGUUCAUAUCAAGAGGUUGAUACAAAUUUCCGUUCUUACUCAAGAGCUAUCUUAGGAAUAGGCUGUAAUCUGCAUAGAUCUAGAGAAUUAAGAUUUUUCUUUUUAGAAUUAGUUGAAAGGUGCAUAGAACCAUGGAAGCAAGUUAAUUGGUCACAUACUGAUCUUAGAAAUUUUUUAUCUGUGUAUACGCAGUGUGCAUUGGAUAUGGAUGUGUUAAGAGAAAUUGAAAUUAGAGAUGCAUUUGAACGCUACAUGACAGUCGUAACAUGUUGCUUAUUACGUAUGUAUCACACAUGACUAACAACCAACACUGAAAUAACAAACAAAGUAAAUGUGAUAAAUAUUUAAACAUGUAAAAAAUACAGAAGCGAAAGACAAAUUAGUGAUAUGUAUAUAACAAUUUAUUACUUCUUUGUAAUAAAUAAGCAAAUGCAGCAUGUUGAUGUGGUUUUAUAUCAAUGGUUUACAAGAGUUUGGUAUAUUUAUGUGUUAUAGCCAAACUCAUUAAGCAAAGGCAAUUUGCAAUUUCAAAUAUGGCAGUAUAUUCGUAUUUCUCAUAUUUACAAACAUAUUAUAUAAUAAAGAUUUUCAGAUAAUACUUCCACAUGUAAAAAAGAGAUAAAAAGAAACUGCAAAGCAUAAUUUAAAUAUAAUAGCACAAUUUAACAUUGAAGAA